AUGGAAAAAUACUCAGAAGAAGUAUUCACAACUUCACUGUUCGAAGAAAAAGUGGCUGUAGUUUGUGGUCCAGCAAGGAACAAGUUUAUGCUCUACACUGCAAACGAUCGUCUUGCUCCUUGGGUUCCUUCUGCAGCUCUAAAGUUAUUCAAUUGGUUGGAUUCACCUGGUCUAUCAGUCAAAGAAGUAAUUUCAAAAGGUCGCAAUUUUCUUUACAGUGAAAUCCUGAAGCCUGAAUCUUUGAGACAGUACAUCUCCAUCAUGGAUUCCUUGGCCAAGGAACAAAUGAAAACUUACUGGGAUGCUUCCCAAAUGGUAAAGGUUUAUCCUCUUACCCAGAAAUAUACACUUUCAUUGGCCUGCAAAUUGCUACUUGGUGCUGAAGAUGCUCACCAAGUUGAAAGAAUAUCUGAAUUUUUCCAUCUCACAUUGCAAGCCUUAUUCUCAUUGCCUAUCAAUCUGCCUGGCACCACAUAUAAUCGUGCUUUGAAAGGGCUAGAAAAUCUCAAGCAGCACUUCCCGGUUGCAAAACCGGAGAAACUGACUAAAAGGGUCACGGCUGCCCAAUUUUACAAAUUCGAAGGCUUAAAGUCAACAAAAAAUAGAUGA